UCCGGGAGAUGCCAUGAUGCGGGAGGUGCCCGGGGCUGGCAUGGCCCGCGGGGAGCGCCUGCCCGGCCUGCAGGCCUUCGCGCGCGGCUCGUCCCUGCACGGGCUGAGCCACCUCGUGGCGCACGGCUCGCGCUCCCUGCGCCGCCUGCUGUGGGCGCUGGCCUUCGGGGGCUCCCUGGCGCUGCUGGCGCUGGUCUGCGCCGAGCGCGUCGCCUACUUCCUCAGCUACCCGCAUGUCACCAAGCUGGACGAGGUGGCCGCGCCCAACCUCACCUUCCCCGCCGUCACCCUCUGCAACCUCAACCAGUUCCGCUUCUCCAAGAUCACGCGCAACGACCUCUACCACGUGGGCGAGCUGCUGGCCCUGCUGGACGCGCGCCACGAGGUGGCCCCGCUGGGCGACCCCCAGCUGCUGGCCGCCCUGCGGGACAGGGCCAACUUCAGGGGCUUCAAGGCGCGCCCCUUCGACAUGGCCGACUUCUACAACCGCACCGGGCACGACCUGGCCGAGAUGCUCUGGCAGUGCACCUUCCGGGGCGCCAACUGCAGCGCCAGCAACUUCACCGUGAUCUUCACCCGGCUGGGAAAGUGCUACACCUUCAACUCGGGGGCUCCCGGCCACGAACUCCUCACGACGGUCAAGGGCGGAACGGGCAACGGUCUGGAACUGAUGCUGAACAUCCAGCAGGAUGAGUACCUGCCUGUCUGGGGAGAAACGGAUGAGACCUCCUACGAAGCUGGGGUGAAGGUGCAGAUCCACAGUCAGAACGAGCCCCCUUCCAUCGACCAGCUGGGCUUUGGCGUGGCUCCCGGCUUCCAGACCUUCGUCUCGUGCCAGCAGCAAAGGCUCUUCUACCUCCCCCCGCCGUGGGGUGACUGCAAAUCCAACCCCGUGGAGUCGGCCUUCUUUGCCAACUACAGCAUGGCCGCCUGCCGCAUCGACUGCGAGACGCGCUACCUGGCCGAGAACUGCAAUUGCCGCAUGGUGCACAUGCCAGGUAACGCCAACCUCUGCACCCCGGAGCAGUACAAGGAGUGUGCCGACCCGGCCCUGGACUUCCUGGUGGAGAAGGACAACGAGUUCUGCUCCUGCCAGACUCCCUGCGAGACGGUGCGCUACGGCAAGGAGCUCUCCGUGGUCAAGAUCCCCAGCAAGGCCUCCGCCAAGUACCUGGCCAAGAAGUACAACCGCAGCGAGCAGUACAUCGCGGAGAAUCUUUUGGUGCUGGACAUCUUCUUUGAAGCGCUGAACUACGAGACCAUCGAGCAGAAGAAGGCCUACGAAGUGGCUGGGCUGCUGGGGGACAUUGGGGGCCAGAUGGGACUCUUCAUUGGCGCCAGCCUCCUCACCAUCCUGGAGAUCUUCGACUACCUGUAUGAGGUGUUGCGAGACAAACUUCUCAGCUACUACCAGGCGAGGAAGCAGGCGGAUCGCAGCAACAGCGACAACCUGGAACACACGGACCUCCCCCGCAGCCCAGGCACCCAGCUGCCUCCUCGCCCUCUCAGAGCACCUGCCACACGCUGUGCAGUCACUCGGACAGUGUUGGAUACACCCCGAACAUGCUACCUCGUCACCCGACUCUAGGCAACUUUGAGGAAUUCGCCUGCUGAAGGAAGCGGACCCCCCCAAAAGAAACCUGCGCCUCCUUCUCUCUCCUCUGCUCCCGGCGAAAUGGACCAGGCGCCUCCUCCUGCAGGACCCAGCGCAGUGCGGGGAGUGGAGCAGCCUGGCAUUUUCCGGUGGGGGGGGCGCCCCCCCAACAACGCACACGCCCUUCCUUCCUCCUCCUCCUCCCUUUCUGCACAGAGGAGACCAAGAGGACGGCAGCCAGAGGGAACCUGCUCUCCCCCCCAACAUCCCCCCCACCCCAAAUAGAAGGGCUUGACCGUGUGGGGGGGGGGCUCUUCCGGCCUGGGACUGGGGGGGGGCGAAACAAUGCGAAGUAGCAUUAAAAGAAUCCCAGAUUGGACGCUCUGCAGGAUGUGGUUAUUUGUAGGGGGGCCCUAUGGUCAGUCCCUCCACCCCCAAUUCAGGAAGGAGGGGGGCCUUGUGGAAAAGACCCUGCGGUCUCCCCCUCCGCCAGGUGGGGAAUCUCUAGGUCAAGGGAUGGCUCACCUGCAUGAACACCUGUCUGUCCGUCGGUUCCUGUAUCUGUGUCUGAGUGUCGUCUGUGCUUGCUGCCCCCCCCCUACGCUGCUGAGACCCCCCGACCUCUCUUGUACCUCCGUGUGACCCCCAACCCCACCCCACCCUUUUUGCCCUGUGUACCAUUAAAGAGCCUCUUGGCUGUGCCAA